GGCCCGGAGGCGGUGUGGCUGGGGCGGUGCGGGGAGGGCUGUGCGGAUUGCUUUCCGCAGCCGCGUCUCCGCCCACUCCCCUCGCCGUCUCUGGGGCGUAGGACGUCUACCAGUCGGGGACCGAAGCCGCUGGCCGCAGCGGGCGUCCGGAUCCGCGUCCCGCCUCAGUGCCCGGAGGACAUGCGGGAGAGAGAAUGAGCCAGAGGGACACGCUGGUGCAUCUGUUUGCCGGGGGAUGUGGUGGUACAGUGGGAGCUAUUCUGACAUGUCCACUGGAAGUUGUAAAAACACGGCUGCAGUCAUCUUCUGUGACACUUUAUAUAUCUGAAGUUCAGCUGAACACCAUGGCUGGAGCCAGUGUCAACCGAGUAGUGUCUCCUGGACCUCUCCAUUGCUUAAAAAUGAUCUUGGAAAAAGAAGGGCCUCGUUCCUUAUUUAGAGGAUUAGGCCCCAAUUUAGUGGGGGUGGCUCCUUCCAGAGCAAUAUACUUUGCUGCUUACUCAAACUGCAAGGAAAAGUUGAACGAUGUAUUUGAUCCUGAUUCUACCCAGGUACACAUGAUUUCAGCUGCAAUGGCAGGUUUUACUGCAAUCACAGCAACCAACCCCAUUUGGCUUAUAAAGACUCGGUUACAGCUUGACGCAAGGAACCGUGGGGAAAAGCGAAUGGGCGCUUUUGAAUGUGUCCGUAAAGUGUAUCAGACAGAUGGACCUAGAGGAUUUUAUAGGGGCAUGUCUGCUUCAUAUGCUGGCAUAUCUGAGACUGUUAUCCAUUUUGUUAUUUAUGAAAGUAUAAAGCAAAAACUACUGGGAUAUAAGGCUGCUUCUACAAUGGAAAAUGAUGAAGAGUCUGUGAAAGAAGCAUCAGAUUUUGUGGGAAUGAUGCUAGCUGCUGCCACCUCAAAAACUUGUGCCACAACUAUAGCAUAUCCACAUGAAGUUGUAAGAACAAGACUACGUGAAGAGGGAACAAAAUACAGAUCUUUUUUUCAGACAGUGUCUUUGGUUGUUCAAGAAGAAGGGUAUGGAUCUCUUUACCGUGGUUUAACAACACACCUCGUGAGACAGAUUCCAAACACAGCCAUUAUGAUGGCCACCUAUGAACUGGUGGUCUACCUACUCAACGGAUAGCAGCAGAGUGCUGCCGUGCUACGAAGAGGGAAGACCAAAAGAUUACAGUGGACCAUGGAAUAUUGAAGCCAGCAUGGCAGACAAAAGAAAAAUAGUUUGGGAACACGUAACUAUGCCUAAGUGGAAGUUUGGUUGUAAGAAUUAAAGUAAUCACACCACAUUACUUGACCUUUCAGUAAUGUGAAAAAAACCUCGGCUGCCUCCAAGGAAAUGCCUUUAGAAGCACUCCUUUUUCAAAAUUGCCAUUUUCUCUACUGUGUCCUUCAGACAUACCUGUGUUUUGUUUAUUUAUGGCAGUCAGAGUAUACUGUUGUUUAUGCCAUGAGUACCUUUCCAGUCUUCUAAACAAAGCCAUCCAUAAUUAUAUACCGUACUGUAACUAUCCAAAGAUAGUAUAGACAGUCAUAAAUUUCUGACUUUGGCUUUGGUUUAAUUCCUAGAAAAUUGUAAAAGAACAACAGUAAUAGGGGAUCCUCAGUAUUAUUUUCACAUUUCCCUGAGAGGACCUGGCACAAUAUUUUAAAUUUAAUUAUUUGGCAUUAGUAGUCACUGUUUUUGACAACCAAUGAAAUAGUAUCUGAUUAUCUUGUAAUAAUUUUAGCAUCAAAAUGUUUGGGUUUCUACUACUAACAGAUGCUUGAUGUUUAGCAUAAUGUGAAUAUUUAAAUGUUAACAUAUCAAACUCACAUGGUAAUAGUUUGGAACAAAAUAAACUAGUAAAAUGAUUCUUGGCCAUUUCAGUGACUUAAGCAUGUCCUCAUAUCUUCUCUAAUUUUGUGAUACAUGAAUGAAUGCAAUUGUCUUUUCAGUGAUUUGCUAGUUAUGAAUUUGAAUUAUCACCUAUUUAUCAUGUCUAGGUAUUACUUACUUAAAGUGGGAAAGAUUUCCCACUUCAGAAUCUUUUUUACUUGCUUUCACAUGGAGAAUUUGAAUCUUUGAAUUAUUUCCGGGUCUGAAUAGAUAACAUUUAUUUAUUUUGUAGAGAAAAUGGUAAUUUUCAGCCCUUACAAACUUUUUUAAGGUGACAUUAAUAUUUAUAUCUGGGAUAGUAUAAAUAUUAUAGAAGAGGGGCCCUCUGCUAUCUGACUCAACAGGUAGUGAUCUUAAUUGACCUUAUAGUUUUGUAAAUGAACAAACUGCUUUUGACAAGAAAUUUAUUCUGUUCUAGUUUCCUGAGUGGAAAAUCAUAGAAAGAUUCAAGUUAAUUUAGGUUAAAUGUGCUAACAGGAUAUAGCUUUUAAAUUUUGCUAUUGACUCAGUUGCACCUUUUAAUACUUUAAAUGUAUUAUGUAUAUAUAUGCCCGUGUGAAGAUGUUUGCUCUAAUUCUGUUAAGAGACUUUACCUAUGGAUGUUGCUAUACUGGUAUAUAAAACUUCUCCAAUUAAACUCCAAUGUGGUACUCAUUUCAGUAUACCUGAACUGUACAUUUUGUGCAAUGGCUUUAACUUAAAAAUGACUCUUUGUGAAUGCACUUUGUGGCCUUUUGGGGGGGAUAAGAUAGUAGGAGAGAAUUUCAUGUUAAGAUUAAAAA